UUACACAGCACUCUCGAUACAAGUUUGUUUUAAAAUGGCGGCGGAAGCUCUUGAGACAGGUAUGAAAUAUUAACGAUACCGUAUAAACUCAUGAAAUGCAUCGGGCCACUAGGUUCGUUAAACACUAGAGACGCGUUUCUUCUCCGUAGUCGCGGCAGCGACGGCAAAAACAAAAUGUCUGGCGUAUUUUUAACUUAAUUUGGACCACAAUUCUUGAGGAAGCGCAGUUCAAACAUCGGUGAGUUGGCGUCAGCGACAAGUGCUCCCGGCUCUCACGAAACCGCUUUCCCUUCCUCCACCGUGGUUUGUCCCGGCCGAUGACCUGAGUCACUGAUACCGGCGCUGUCAGUGUGUGCAGCAAGCGGUGUUGAGGCAGGGAGAAGGAGGAGGUGAUGGUGGUGCAGCAGCAGUUUUAGUCCCAGCAUCACCAUGGACUGCUCCGGCCGGAGUGGACCUGCCGCCCACCUGUAGCAUCAGCCGGCAGCAUGGAGAAUAUGAGCCCCGGCACCCAGGACCAGAGAGACAGCCACUGUGGUAUGUCUGGAGGAACCCUAGUUGAGAACGGCUCCACAGUCAAAGAUGUGGCUGUGUCUGAUCUUGACAAUCAUACCAACCACCUCUGCCAUGAAGCCAGCACGGCCCCGCACAGCGAGACCAUCCUGCCCACUUACAAGCCAUCCUGCUCCUCUACUCCCACCUACUACAGCAGCCCACACAAAAGCUACUCAGACCUGGACCAGGACACCCACAGCCUGACGUCCCAGGACUCCGGUAUCCCCACUCUGGAGAUUAAUCCUCCGGAGCCCAUCGUCCACAACCACCAACUCCCGGGCACCAGCCAUGACGCUCCCGCCACUUUACCCUUGGACAAUGAUACCUCAAACGAGAACGUCAUCCACAAAUCCUCCACCUUCCCCCGCAGUGGGUACGACUCCAUUCGCCUCUUUAGUCCCGGCAUCAGAUUGACCGCCACCCCGGGGAUGAGUGGCGGGGGUUUGAACCGCAGCGACGACAUCUCUGUGUGCAGCGUGUCCAGCAUGAGCACCGAGCUGUCCAUCUCCAACGAAGACAUCCUGGACUUCACCGUCACUUCUGACUCCAGCGCCAUCGUCACCCUGGAGACGGACGACAGCGGCACCGCUCACUUCUCAGACGUGACACUGUCGUCGUCUCCCGUACGGUCGUAUCUGGAUUCGGGUCUCCCGCAGCAGAACGAGGAUGUCCGGCAGAAGAAACCUGGACCUCUAGCAAGCUUAUUUGGCAGGAGCCUGUUUGCCAGGAGGGUGAAGGACAGUUGGCCAGUGGAGCAGAGGGAGCCGGGGUGGAAGCUGUUCGGGAAAGUUCCUCCACGGGAAGUUCCCAUCAAGGACCCAAAGAAAAUACAAAAGGAAUAUGAAACAAAGAGUGGAAGAGCUGGACCUGGCAACCCGACGUCUCCCAGGCAAAGUGUGAGGAAAAACCUGGACUUUGAGCCGCUCUCCACCACUGCACUUAUACUGGAGGACAGGCCUGCUAAUCUGCCUGCCAAGCCAGCUGAGGAGGCACAGAAACACAGACAGCAGUAUGAAGAGAUGGUGGCCCAGGCCAAGAAGAGAGAGCUGAAGGAGGCUCAGAAGAGGAGGAAGCAGCUGGAGGAUCGGUGUAAGCUUGAGGAAAGCAUCGGCUCGGCCGCACAGACCUGGAACCAGGAGAUCCUACCUAACUGGAGCACACUGUGUACGUCUCGGCGAGUGAGAGACCUCUGGUGGCAGGGCAUCCCUCCCAGUGUCCGAGGCAAAGUGUGGAGCCUGGCUGUGGGGAACGACCUCAACAUCACUCAUGAGCUGUACAACAUCUGUCUGGCCCGGGCAAAAGAGAAGUGGAGGAACACGCCGGCGCCGUCCACAGAGGUCGAAACUGAAGACGCUGGUUCUUCAGAUAGAGAGUCGAGCCUGGAGCUGAUCAAGCUGGACAUCUCCAGAACCUUCCCCCAGCUGUGCAUCUUCCAGAAGGGCGGGCCCUAUCAUGACGUGCUGCACAGCAUUCUGGGAGCAUACACUUGUUACCGGCCGGACGUCGGUUACGUGCAGGGGAUGUCGUUCAUCGCAGCCGUGCUGAUCCUGAACCUGGACACGGCAGACGCCUUCAUAGCUUUCGCUAACCUGCUCAACAAACCGUGUCAGAUGGCCUUCUUCAGAGUGGACCACAGCCUUAUGUUGACAUACUUUUCGGCAUUUGAAGUUUUCUUCGAGGAAAAUCUACCAAAGCUCUUUGCACAUUUCAAGAAAAACAACUUGAGCCCUGAUAUUUAUUUGAUCGACUGGAUCUUCACUCUGUACAGCAAGUCGCUGCCGUUGGACCUGGCGUGCCGGGUGUGGGACGUGUUCUGCCGCGACGGCGAGGAGUUCCUGUUCCGCACGGGGCUCGGCCUGCUCCGCCUGUACCAGGACGUGCUGACCUGCAUGGACUUCAUUCACAUGGCCCAGUUCCUCACGCGCCUGCCGGACCUCAUCCCCGCCGAGCAGCUCUUCCAGCACAUCGCCGCGGUUCACAUGAACAGUCGCAACAGGAAGUGGGCACAGGUUCUGCAAACAUUACAGAAAGACCCAGAGCGAGGCAGCCCGGUGCUGAAGCGCUGAGCUGAGCUGAGAUCUCACUAACAGACUCCUCCUCCUCCUCCACUUCCCCCUCAGGAAAGACUAACCAGGCCAGGUGGACCUGAAAUGGUCCUGGGUUCAGGUUGUGGGGACUUAUCCGGGUUCUAGCUACACUGUUCUGUGUUACUGCUCUGGCUAGAACCAGGAUCCUGGAGGGGGACUGUGAGUGAAGAGGCACGGGUGUGAGUAGGAAUACGAGGCCUUAUCGAACUCCCCCUCUGCUCAGAGAUGCAGCAGUGGACUGGAAACUGAAGCUGCCAGAGGCCUGAAGAAUGUACACACACACACACACACACACACUCCCGCAUCCAUGAACCCAGCAGACUGAUGCAGGUCUCCACAGAUCAGGGGAAAUCAUCAAAGUCCUCUGAGUAGUUUUUAAUCCUCUACUUUUCUUCUUUCUUUUUUUUUGUUUGAUAAAUGUUUCAUAACAAAAAAAAAAAAAAACUAAUUCCUAAUGUCUUUAAAAACCAGUAUUGGGUAGGGAAAAGUACUCGACCAACAUGACCAGAGUCCAAUCUGUGAGUGGCUACAUCCACACUACUCCGUUUUUAGUUCAAAAACACGUCGAUUCUACUCUGGAUGAUAAUCUGCCGUCUAUAAAAGUCAAGCAACUGCUAAAAGGUCUGCCUAAUCUAUGAACUGUUUUACACGAUUCCUUGGAGUCACUCAGGUCGUGUGCUGCCUUGAAUAACACUCAACUCCUCCUCCUUCGUAAAGGCCAGAAUUUCAUACCACGCCGACUCCUGCGUUUUAGAGUGUUGAACGUUGGAAAACAAGCUGCAGGGUCUGUUGUCGUUUGAAAACUUUAGCGUGGACGAGCAGAAAAGGAGACCGUGGAAAAAGGAAGAUGCGGCUUCUUGCGUCGAGUCUUCACAAAACAUUCUUUCGGUAUCAUUUUCGAGUCGUCACUCUUCGCCAUUUUUUUCUUUCUCGUUAGUUUUGUGCGUUUUAGUUUGGAAAGCAACGUUUUCCAAGGUAAAACGUAGUAGUGUGGAUGUCGCUCAAGUGAAGUUUUUUUUCCACCCACCACCUGUAAUCUCGCCGUGCCGUUCCCCCGUUUCCCGUAAACCAGUUUCCACUAAGUCACCGAGGUCGGUGUCUGUGAUGAUGCGAUUGGAACGAUCGAAGCCUCUGAAAGAGGUCGAUAACUCGCCUUCUAUUUAUGAAUCAUGCAGUAACGUCUUACUGUUACCCGUCCUUCAUUUGAGGUACAUUUCAGCUUUUUGUUUUUUCGAUUUUUGUAUGUCUUGACGUGCGUGUCGAUGUCUUGUGUGCAUUUAUUUAACGUUAUCCGAGCGACGUCAACGGAACUUUCCUCUCCCUCGCCUAAAAGUGUACGAGGAGGAUGAAAAUGUCCACUAGGGGGCAGAGUAAUGCCGAGUCAGGAAAAAGAGAAAAUCUCUUUAAAUUUAACUUAUUGCGACGACUUGAGAAACUCAAGUUACUCUUUAAAACUUUUUUUUGUUUUGUUUUUGUUUGACGCCAUGCCACGUGCUACGCUGCCCCCUAUUGUCCGUGUGCUUAAUUGCAUGUCGCAUUCAUAUCGUGUCGUCACAUACAGUCAUGGCGUAUGAAAUUGCCCGUUGCUCACACACCAAAGCAGCUGAUUUCAGUCAUUCAUCACUGGAUCACUUUGAUGAAAUCUUGUCUGCUUGCUAUAAAAAUCAAAGAUAUCAUCCGAGAGUGCAGGUCAAGUUUCUUCCAAAAACGAUGGUGUGCUGUGUCGGUUUGUUCUGCUAUGAGUGAGAUGAGAAAAAGUGAUUUUUAAAGACAGAGUGUUUGAUAAAUUACAGUUAAAUCACCCGGUGAAACGUUGCAGUUUCAAUCUGAUACCGAUCGAUUAUCGGACAAACGUAAAAUCUGACGAACGAAGCUAAACACACACUGUAAAAACAAAGAAAAUCAAACGCAGUAACGAUAUUUGAACUGUUACACUGGGGCAUACUGUUUUUAAGAUCGCAGUUAUGGCUACAUGCUAAGCUCAAAUGGCUUAAGAGUAGCUUCCUGAAGAAAUUGAAGUUACUAAAAAGACCGUAUCGGAUUUAAUAUCGGUAGCGGAACAUUCCAGAGAGUGUGAAAAGCGUCUGUUCCACACAAAGACUGUGUUUAAAAAUUAGACGUCGUCCUCCGCUCGCAAAUCAAACACCCGUGUUUGAAUUUUCCGAAACGGACGUCCUCUGCAGACCGGGCACCUUAUUGGGCACUUAUGUGCCGUGCCUUAUCCUUCUUUAUCGUCUCUAUCAUGAACGGCGGAACGUAACUUUACUGGCGGUUUAAAUCAAGUGAGAAGUAGACGCUCCUGUUCUGUUUUCAACCAGCAGAGUCGCCCCCUGGUGGCUAACAUUUUUUCUUCCUGGUCAACGUCCAAUUCUUAAAUACAGUCUGUGGUUCAUCGGUGCUAACAAAGCAACAACAUGUGUUUUAGCACCUUAAUGCAGUCACAUACCUCACUUCCUGUUGUGUGUAACGUGUUUGGCCGUGGCUGUGUAGCUUUUGAGGCUGUUAGCGGUUGCUGCUGCACCCUGACCGCUAGGGGGCGUGGCCACUAGUCAAAGCGACAUGUUUAUAAGUUGUCGGUAAGAGGGAGCGUAGCGUUAUUGGAUAAUGAGAUGCUACCGCGUCGUGUGUAUUUCUUUUAAAGCCCAGUUUGCACAGGUUUCGUUGAAGUGAAGUGUCCAAGGCCCCGUCGGUUGUUGACGCCGCGAGACGAGGUUUCUCGGGCGUCGUGAAGCUGCUCUGUGUCGUGUGUUGUGCUCGUGAUUUUGUGUGCGAUGGAGUUCACGUCCUCUCUGCGCGUUCGUUCUCAAUCAGGCCUCUGUGUCUCAGGAGUGUACUUCGAUCCCGUGAUCACAGUUUGGGGGUGGGGUUAAAAGAUAAAACGGGAAGCCCCUUGCAUUCGUAAAUCACCAUCUCGGCCUGUUGUCUGUCGGCUCGCCUGUGUAUCUGAGUGUGUUCUUCACCUUUGUACAGUGCAGCAGACUUCCUUGAUGCACCCCCCCCAGUGUGGUUGUGACUCACCAAACCACACUGCAGGACUGCAAUAAAGCUUUUUGCACAUACAUGUUAAGCCUUUGAGUUGUGUCAUCAACUCAUCACUUUGUCUGUUUUCCACUUUCCCCUAAACCACAGAACACACACACACACACUGUACGUGAUCCACAGUGGUCAGAGACCAAAUCCAAUCCAAGUACACGACGCGCUCAUCCCACUGAACCAUACUGAUGUGUACGUUUUUGUUUGAUUCCCUUUAAAGUCUUGAAUGUGUUGAUUUGUCUUUGUUUUCUUUCUCCCCAUUAGAUGUGUGUGCUGUAGAGGAGUAACACACGCACACACACACACACACGGAGACAACCAUGCUACUGUAUCUCACUUGAAAUGUAUAUAAACAAUGGUUUUAUUAAAAUAAAGACCUGUACAUAUUCAACCAG